AUGUCCUCAGAUACCUUCCAAGGCUGGGUCGCCCACGACGCCACGAGUCCCCUAACAUUCACCACCUUCACGCCCAAACCGUUCGAACCCACCGACAUCGAAAUCGACAUCACGCACUGCGGCAUCUGCGGCACCGACCUCCACACCCUCCGCUCCGGCUGGGCCCCAGCCGACUACCCUUGCGUCUUGGGACACGAGAUCAUCGGGACCGUACGUCGCGUGGGAUCGGCCGUCUCCUCUCCCACACCCUCAACCUCAACCUCAUCCUCGCCCUCGCAGUCCGACGACCAAACAAUCCAACCCGGCGACCGCGUCGGCAUCGGCGCCCAAAGCGCCUCCUGCCUACGCCCCGACUGCGCCGCCUGCGCCGACGGCCAAGAAAACUACUGCACGCGUAUGACAGCCACAUAUAACAGUCGCUACCGUGACGACGCUAACUCGAAAUCCUACGGCGGCUACGCGACGCGAUGGCGCGGACCCGCGCAUUUCGCAUUCAAGAUCCCUGCCGCGUUAUCCUCCGCAGAGGCCGCGCCGCUGCUCUGCGGCGGGGUGACGAUGUUUGCGCCGUUGAGGAAAUAUGGCGCCGGGCCGGGGAAAUCCGUGGGGAUUGUGGGCAUCGGGGGGCUAGGACAUAUGGGGAUAUUAUUUGCGAAGGCGAUGGGUUGUGAUUCCGUGGUGGGGAUCUCGCGAACGAGUAGCAAGAAAGCAGACGCGGUGACGGGCCUAGGGGCGGAUGGCUUCAUCGCGACAAGCGAAGAGAAGAACUGGGCAAAGAGGCACAGCCGGACGCUGGAUUUGAUUAUCUGCACGGUCGAUGCAGCGGAUAUGCCCCUGAGUGGCUAUCUGCGGUUACUCAAGCUCGAUGGCACGUUUGUGCAGGUCGGGGCGCCGGAGCAGCCGUUGCCGGCGUUGACGGCGUGGUCGCUGAUGCAGAAGAGCGUGAAGGUGACCGGGUCGAGUAUUGGGUCGCCGGAGGAUAUCAGGGAGAUGUUGCGGUUGGCGGCGGAGAAGCGGGUGGUGCCGUGGAUUCAGAAACGGGCGAUGAGGGAGGUGAAUGAGGCGUUGGGGGAUAUGCAUGAGGGGAAGGCGAGGUAUCGGUAUGUGUUGGAGAAUGGGGAGGAGUUGCAGGCGAAGUUGUGA